CAAAAAAAAACAGCGGCGCCGACGCCGUUGAAGGCUGUCCAACGAUGACAGCGAUCAGGAAACGCAUUUGACACGCAGUCCACGAUCUCUAAAGGGAAACACACAGACAUCUACACACACACACACACACACAUACACAUACACCGAACACACUGACACACGACCAAAAUCAUUUACCAAAAAAAAAAAAAAAAACAAAUCAAAAACAGAGGAAAAAAAGUUGCAAAGCCAUUGCAAAUGUGGAAAAUGUUGGAUACCAUAAUGGAUGCCGAUCUCUUUGUGUUCGAUUGUGAUGAGUGCGCUGGCAUGCCGCUGGCCCCGCCCCCACAAUUUCUGAUACCGCCCCCACCGCGACCGCCAGCCCUCGCUGAGUACACAGUGGUGCCGCAGGACUGCAACGAGGAGCAACUGGCGCAACAGCAAUGGGACAGCGAUGUCUGCCAGGCAAUGCCGAUUUUGGAUGCCAGCCUGUACAGCAGCCAAUCACUGGCCACCUCAGCGAUGAUUGCGGUUUUCUCCCUGCUCCUCGUGCUCAUUGUGCUCAUCUCUUCGCUGUUUGUCUGGAAAAAUAAGCGAAAGGUGCAGAAUCUGCUGCCGUGCAAGACGCCGACACGUGGCGCUCUCAGUGGUGCUUUGCCCUUGGGUGGCGGCGGCGGCGGAGCUGGUGGCGGUGGCACGCACAGUGGGCAGCAUCAUCAUCAUCAUCUUGCCAUGUACGAGGAUCCCGAUGCACAUUUGGGUCACCACCGGCCGUUGGUGAUGCGGCACCAUCAGUAUCAGCAUCCGCAUCCGCAUCACCAUCAUCAUCAUCAUCAUCACUAUCAGCAGCAUCCGCAUGCAGAGCUGCUGCAGGGGAAGAGCAUACAUUAUCCGAGUGGAUUUCCGAUGACGCGUUCGCCACCGUUCCUGGUCAGCUCGUCACCGGGACCCGAUCCGUACCGCUCCAAUGACAAUGUGUACGAGGAACUGGGACCAGGACGGGUAGAUUCGGAUGGUGAAUCGGAGCCACCGCUGCAUUCGGACGAUGACUUCGCCGAGGAUGAGUUGUCGCUGCCCGGCGAGUGCAGUUUCCACAAGGAUCUGACAAAUGCGACAGUUACUGUGGCAGCUGGCACAGCCAACUACCACGAGAGAGCGGCCGCCGUUGGGGGCAGCAGUGUGGCAGCCGUUGUGGCAACAACGGGUACAAUUGCAGCGCCGCCGCAGGAGCGGCACAGUGUGCUCAGCUCGGGCUCCUCAACGGCACAGGAUGCGUCCACGGCGAGCGCCUCGACGGCGAGCAGCAACAAUAAUAAUACCAAUAAUAAUAAUACCAAUAAUAACAAUAAUAAUAGUAAUAACUGUAACGAGCUCGCUGCCGCAUUGGCUGCCAACAAUCCCAGCCAAUCCCAGCUGCGACGCACGCCGCGCAGUCGCCAGCAGCAGCUGCAGCAGCAGCAGCAGCAGCAGCAGCAGCAGAGCAGUUCGACGUCAGAGAUUGCGGACUUGGCGCCGCUGUACGACAAUCGCAGCAACUUGAUGUCCCUCGGCAACUAUUUGGCCCGCUCGACGGCGCCACAGUUCUACAAUACGCUCGAGCACGAAGUGGAGCGUCGCAAUCGCAUCAAUGCCCAGCUGAGCCAGGCGGCGUCCGGCGCUGGGACGCAUUCUGGCCCGCCGCUGCCGCCGCUCUCGACGAUAUACAGGGAGCGUAUCCGGUAUCCGAGCGUGCAACAGUAUGCGCCCAAUAGCGUCAACGGUCUGCUGGCUGCCACAAUGCGUGCGCGGACACAGCCCCGGCUCAUCGAUCGCCGGCUGGCGGCGCAUCAGCAUCAGCAUCAUCGGAUUCAUGCGGCACCAAUGCUGCCGGCGGAGCCCGCUUACGGCUAUGCGGAGCCGUUGUACAAUGCCAACUAUUAUUACGAUAGUGCGACGGGGGCGGCGGCUGGGGCGGGUGCAGUGCGUCCGUAUGCAACAACGCUGGACUACAGGCAGCAGCAACAGGCGGCGCCGUACGGUGACUCCAGCUUUGGCUCCGACUCCGGCUACAGUCAUCAUACGCCGGCCAGUUCGAUUGGGCGACAGGAUUACGAGCUGACAACGCCGCUGGAGACGCAACAGCAGCAGCAACAGCAACAGCAGCAGCAGCAGCAGUCGAAGCAACAGCAGCCGGCUGCCAGCAAGUUGAGCGCAGCGUUGAGCUUUGGCUGGCAUCGGGGCAGGAAAGCUACAUCGCCCGCUGUUGCUGCCACCAUAUCCCCCGUUGCGCCCAGCGGCAGCAACGAUGUGGCAGCAAUGAGCAGUCCCAAUUUGAAUAAUAACAAUAGCAGCGCCUGCUCCACGAUCCACUCCCAGCUGGACAAUAAUAAUGCGUCCGGUUUGUCGCCAGCGUAAGCAGCCCGCAGCCCGCAGCCAAUUCCUGUAUAUAUUUAAGGAGCUUUCGUCCGGAUGAAAGCUCGCUCGCGUUCUCGUUCUCGCUUAAGCUGUACAGCUAGUUUGUAAGCUCGUAUUCGUGUUCUCAGUGUACGGUGAACUCUCCCUAAUUGCGACAACAAUUUCCAAAAAUGUCGAAAAUUCUUUUUGAAUUGUUUUUGAAAUUCUAUAGUUGGAGUAACGUUGUUGCAGUUAGCGAGGACGAACUGUGGCUAAGUGUAGUACAAGUCUCUCUCCGCUGCGUGUACAUCGUAAAAGCAAUAGACAUAUGUUAUAGAUAUGCUAAAGUUAUAUUAACUUACCCCUCGUCCUAUUUGGAGGGGGCUGCCAUAAGUAAAUAAGUAACUAAGUAAAGAGUCAGCUUAACUUUAGUCGAUAACUUCUAGAACGCAAAGAACUUAUAGCGCCUAAGUGUUUUUCCAAUGUGAUUGCCAAAUUCUACAAUAUAAUAAUAAAAA